AUUGUGUGAGAUGUUUCUGUAAAAGAGCACUUACCUAUGCAGUGACUUCAUAAUCCAUAAAUCUGAGAGAUAGAUAACUCUGAUAAGAAAUUGCAAGUGAGUCCAGACAUUGGAAACUAGAACUUUCUGUUUAAUCUGUUGUGAUUUUUAAAAAAUAAUUAAAUUAACAGAUGGCUAGAAGUAUUAUCUGUCUUUGAAUGUCUCAAAACAAACAGCGUUCCCCCUCCCCCACAUGCACAAUUAAUGUGUGCCAACCGUGAAAAGAAUGGACUUCACAACUGUGGAGCCAAAGGGCCUAAGGCAGAUAAUUUCCUGAAAUAGCUACAGAGGUAAGCAAAAAAGGGGGAAAAACUCUGUUGCUAACCAGUGUGAUGAGAGGGAAAUAUCCUCCCUAACCCUGAAAGUGGUGAACAAUUGGCCUCUGUUUGUACAAGCAGGGCCAUCCAGCUGAGCCUUUGAGAAGUAUAAGCUCUUUAGCAGUGAUUAAAAAAACCCAAAAAAACGAAAGAAGCUUCAAAACAGGAAGUGUUGGCAUGCGCGCGCGCACACACACACACACACACUCUCCAAAUAAUGACAUCACAUACUUAGAUGUUUGCGGUUAGCUUUACUCAAUGAAGCAAAGGAAGUGCGAGCCGCAGGCCUAAGAGCCCUUCGAUAUCUUAUCCGAGACUCUAGUAUUCUGCAAAAGGUGUUAAAAUUAAAAGUGGAUUACUUGAUAGCAAGGUGUAUAGACAUACAGCAGAGUAAUGAAGUAGAAAGGACGCAGGCACUUCGCUUAGUCAGAAAGAUGAUCACCGUGAAUGCUUCAUUAUUUCCUAGUUCAGUUACCAAUUCCUUGAUAGCCGUUGGAAACGAUGGCCUUCAGGAGAGGGACAGGAUGGUUCGAGCAUGUAUUGCUAUUAUCUGUGAACUAGCUAUUCAAAAUCCAGAAGUAGUUGCUCUUCGGGGUGGGUUAAGUACCAUCUUGAAAAAUGUGAUUGAUUGUCAGUUAAGCCGCAUAAAUGAAGCUCUCAUAACGACUGUCUUACAUCUUCUCAAUCAUCCAAAGACCCGGCAGUAUGUGCGAGCAGAUGUAGAAUUAGAGCGGAUUUUAGCUCCAUACACAGACUUUCACUACAGACACAAUCCAGACACUGCUGAUGGACAACUCAAAGAGGACCGAGAAGCUCGACUCUCAGCUAGUAAAAUGGGAAUUGUGGCAGCGUUUCGUUCAUGGGCAGGCAUUAUUAGCUUAUGCAAGCCUGGGAAUUCUGGGAUUCAGUCUCUUAUUGGGGUGCUGUGCAUUCCUAACAUGGAAAUACGGCGAGGCUUGCUUGAAGUUCUUUAUGAUAUAUUUCGCCUUCCUCUUCCUGUUGUGACAGAAGAAUUUAUAGAAGCACUUCUCAGUGUUGACCCAAGCAGGUUUCAAGACAGUUGGAGACUUUCUGAUGGCUUUGUAGCUGCAGAAGCUAAAGUUAUCUUACAUCACCGAGCCAGAUCCAGACCUGACCUCAUGGACAAUUACCUGGCACUGAUUCUCUCUGCUUUCAUUACAAAUGGACUCUUAGAAGGUUUAGUUGAGGUAAUCACAAGCAGUGAUGACCACAUAUCUGUCAGAGCAACAAUCUUACUCGGAGAACUUUUGCAUAUGGCAAACACCAUUCUUCCUCACUGUCACAGCCACCACUUACACUGCUUACCAACGUUAAUGAACAUGGCAGCUUCUUUUGACAUUGUAAAGGAGAAAAGACUACGAGCCAGUGCAGCACUGAAUUGCUUAAAACGUUUUCAUGAGAUGAAGAAACGAGGACCUAAACCUUACAGCCUUCACCUAGAUCACAUUGUUCAGAAAGCCAUGUCAACACAUCAGAAAAGGGAUCAAUAUCGCGUGCAGAAGGAUAUCUUCAUUCUAAAGGAUACAGAGGAAGCUCUGUCGAUGAAUCUGAGAGAUAGCCAAGUUCUUAAUCACAAAGAGAACCUUGAGUGGAAUUGGAAUCUGAUAGGGACCAUACUUAAGUGGCCAAAUAUCAACCUGAAGAACAACAAAGAUGAACAGUUGCACAGAUUUGUACGGCGGCUGAUGUAUUUUUACAAGCCCAGCAGUAAACUGUAUGCCAACCUGGAUGUGGAGUAUGCAAAAUCCAAGCAGCUCACAGUGGUGGGUUGCCAGUUCACGGAGUUUCUUCUUGAAUCUGAAGAGGAAAAGAAAAUCUUUCAAAAGCAACUGAAGCUCGUCUGUUCUCCCACUUUUAAGCAGGAUGGCCAAACAUAUCUGGAAGAGUUAGUAAAAGAUAUUGUGCACUGGCUCAAUUCUUCUUCUGGAAUGAAACCAGAACGCAGCCUCCAGAACAAUGGGUUACUGAACACCCUUAGUCAGCACUACUUCUUGUUUUUUGGUACACUCUCUUGUCAUCCCCAUGGAGUUAAAAUGCUUGAAAAAUGCAACGUCUUUCAGUGUCUUCUUAAUGUUUGCUCCUUAAAGAACCAAGAUCACUUACUCAAACUGACAGUUUCUAGCUUGGACUACAGCAGAGAUGGAUUAGCAAGAGUCAUCCUUUCCAAAAUUCUAACUGCAUCUACAGAUAGCUGCAGGUUGUAUGCCACAAAACAUUUGAGAGUACUGCUGAGAGCCAAUGUAGAGUUCUUCAGCAAUUGGGGAAUUGAAUUACUUGUUACCCAGCUGCAUGACAAAAAUAAAGCCAUUUCUUCUGAAGCACUUGAUAUCCUUGAUGAGGCAUGUGAAGACAAGGCGAACCUUCAUGCCCUCAUUCAAAUGAAACCAGCACUAUCUCAUCUUGGAGACAAAGGUUUGCUUCUGUUGUUAAGAUUUCUAUCAAUUCCAAAAGGGUUUUCCUAUCUAAAUGAGCGAGGCUUUGUGACAAAACAAAUGGAGAAAUGGCAGAAGGAGUAUAAUUUAAAAUAUGUUGAGCUGAUAGAAGAGCAACUUAAUGAAGCACUUACCACUUACCGCAAGCCUGUUGAUGGCGAUAAUUACGUUCGUCGAAGCAACCAAAGAUUACAGCGGCCGCAUGUCUAUCUGCCAGUUCACCUUUAUGGCCAACUGGUACACCACAAAACAGGCUGCCAUUUGUUGGAAGCUCAGAGUAUUGUUCCUGACCUGAGCUACACUGUUCGUUCUCCUAUGCUGGACAAAUGGGAAGGGAUCAAGCAACUGAAGGCAGCUCUCUGGGCACUGGGCAAUAUUGGAUCUUCAAACUGGGGACUGAAUUUGCUUCAGGAGGAAAAUGUGAUUCCUGAUAUAAUGGCACUUGCUCAGCAUUGUGAGGUUCUAUCUAUCAGGGGAACUUGUGUCUACGUGCUUGGCCUAAUAGCCAAAACGAAACAAGGUUGUGACAUUCUGAAGCAUCACAACUGGGAUGCAGUGAGACACAGCCGUAGGCAGCCUUGGCCGGUAGUCCCUGAUGACAUGGAGCAACUCUGCAAUGAACUUUCCUCUAUUCCCAGCACACUUAGCUUGAACUCUGAAUCCACCAGUUCCAGGCAUAACAGCGAAAGUGAAUCUGCACCAUCAAGUAUGUUUAUUAUGGAAGAUGACAGGGUUGGCAGCAGCUCUACUAGUACAUUUUUCCUAGACAUCUCAGAAGAUGGAGAGCAGAAUCUCUAUGACCAAGCUGGACCGUUAAAGGAUAAGGAUCGCAGUCCCUUCCCAUUUUUUUCUUCCAGAAGGCUUGUGAAGAAUCGCUUCUUAAAUUCUCUUACUUUGCCUAAUAAAAAGCAUAGGAGUAGCAGUGAUCCCAAAGGAGGCAAGUUGUCUUCAUCAGAAAGCAAGUCGGGCUUGAGGCGAAAUCGUACAGUAACUGAGCCUUCCAGCAGCAUGGACUUGACCCAGGGAGACGAAUUCACGCCUAUAUUCAGGGUGCCUAAAAUCCACACGCUGAAACUGGAGACAUCCUUUGUUGGGAACAGGCACAGUGAGGAUGCAGACAGCACCCCAAGUAUUGGUGAAAAUGACUUGAAGCUUCCGAAAAGCCUUGGGCAUGAAAAUCACAGGGAAAACACCAGCCGAGAGAGGCUAAUAGGAGAGGUUUCUACACAGACGCAUUUCAAAAGCCGUAGCUUGAGUUUCAAUACAGAUACCACAACAAGUGGCAUAAGUUCAAUGAGUUCGAGUCCUUCAAGGGAAACUGUGGGAGUGGAUGCUACAAACAUAGACACAGACUGUGGGAGUUUAAGUACUGUGGUGAGUACCAAGACAGUUAAAACGGUCCAUUGUUCAACCCCACAGUCUAACCACCUGCCUCUCUCAAAAUCAAAUUCCGUCUCCCUGGUACCACCAGGCUCCUCGCACACUCUUCCGCGGCGAGCACAGUCCCUAAAAGCGCCUUCCCUUGCUACAAUAAAAAUCCUAGCUGACUAUAACUUCAGCUACACCAGUUCUCGAGAUGCCUUUGGGUAUGCAACACUGAAACGCUUGCAGCAGCAGAGGAUGCAUCCCUCCCUGUCACAUUCGGAAGCCCUGGCAUCUCCAGCAAAGGAUGUCCUCUUCACUGAUACAAUAACAAUGAAGUCUGGCAGCUUAGACUCCCGACUGACACCAAACAGGUUCAUGAGAGCUUUAAGUUAUGCAUCCUCUUUAGACAAAGAAGAUUUAUUAAGUCCAAUUAACCAAAACACACUGCAGCGUUCUUCUUCAGUUCGUUCAAUGGUGUCCAAUGCCACCUAUGGUAGCUCGGAUGACUUCAUUGGCCUUGCUCUCCCAGUGGAUAUCAAUGAAAUAUUUGAGGUAAAGGAAACUCCUUAUUUCCAGAAGAAAACUAUGCCUUCAUUUGAUGAACGGGGAACUCGUGCCUUUGCCCAGGAUACUGGAGGUUUCCCAAGUGAUCCUACUGAGAUUGUAAAGAGUCCCUUCCAGAUGCUUCGUCAACAGAUCAGCCUUACAGAGAUUAUGAACACGAGCCGUUCAGAUGCCUCUCAGUUCUUAGAAAACAUGGAAGAUACUGGGCUCCAAGAGCAUACGGAAGAUAAUUGCCUUUAUUGUGUCUGCACGCACAUCCAGAGCUAUCCACAUAACAACAAAAUUAACUCUGCAUUUAGUCGCUCAGAGUUCUCAGACAUUCCUUAUUCUGACUGGUGUGGAAAGGCGGUGCAUAAUCACUUAGAUGUGGUUUCCCAUUCCUCAAAGUUUUCUGGGAUUUCAGGAUGUAGUGACGCUGUGUCCCAUGGUUCAGCUAGUAGCACCAAGAGUACAGAUCUUGUGAUAGGAGUAAAGUCAAUCGCAGACGAUACUCCAGUGUGUCGCAUACUACUAAGAAAGGAAGUCCUGCGACUAGUGAUCAACUUGAGUAGUUCAGUAGGAACAAAAGGUCAUGAAACGGGGCUCUUGACAAUUAAAGAGAAGUUUCCCCAAGCAUUUGAUGAUAUAUGCCUUUACUCUGAAGUAUCAUACUUGCUAGCUCACUGCACAUUUCGAUUACCAUCUCGGCGAUUCAUUCAGGAACUCUUUCAAGAUGUACAGUUUUUACUUAUGCAUGAAGAAGCAGAAGCCGUUCUAGCAACACCGGCAAAUCAACGAACAGUUGACUCUUCAGCUGAAUCCUGACCUCUUGUUUUCUGUGGUGCAGUAAAUAUGAAGUUGCUGGUAGCCCUGGAUAAUCUCCAGUUGACUGAACAACCAAAAGAGAAGCAUACUCCUGAGUUGCUGUGGAAGUUCCUGGUACAUGGAAUCGGAAUCCCAGCUGCAGAACCUUUCCUCAGUGGAACGUGGUUCCCCAGCCAUCUGAGCCCUGUGGGGCAUUGUUGAAACAAUGAGUAACAGUUACCAAGAUAUGCAAGAACCAAGCACCAGACACACGCACAGGUUUUCAUUUCACUUAUUUUUAAACGCAGCAUCCUAAUAAUAGAGGACGGCGUAUGGGGACGUGUUUUAUAUUGCUGACUUUUGACUUCCGUUGUGGACAGAGAUGCAAUCCCUUGUUUGGAUCUUGGGAAUCACGGUAUCGUAGGCUGUAUCCCUUUGCUGUCUAUGGAGCAUGCUCUGACUUUUGACAUCAGGGGAUUAAUGUUGGGCCUUCCAUGAUAUUUUUCUUAAUUUUGUGAAACACUACUUGGGGAGUUUCUGGUCUCGGAGAGAGAGAAAAUCCUCAGUAAUUUGGGGGUAGUCUUAAGUUAUUUUAUUGUUUAUAAUGGCAAAGGUUCUUAUUUGUGUUGACAGUUUGUCCAGUUUCGUUGCAGUUACAUGUAAUGAUGUGUUAAUUGAACUAAUUAAGGAAUUUCACUACAGUUUGACUUAAAACGAACAAAUCACUUAUAUCAAUCCCGUGGAAUCAAAUUUCCUUGUACAUAUAAUGCAUGUUGUUUUCGUGAGGUUUUCUACAUUAAUGCUCAUCCAAUAUGUAAAUUGGCUGUCUAAAUGUAAAUUUUUAACAAGCAUGACUUCUGUCCGGUAAGGGUGCAUACUUUAUCAGGCAAACCUAGGAAAUUUAUACUUAUUGCUGCUUUUGAUCAGAAAAGCUACAAAUUAUUUACACAUUCCAUGGCUUUAAAUUUUCUCCUAACCACUUUGCUUUAAUCAUACACACAAGGUUAAUUGCAGAAUAGUACCAAUAAUUCAGCCUUAAACGUGCAAGAAGUGGCCGUUUCUUCACUUUAAUCCAGUAUUCAGAGGUCUUUUUGCCAAGCUUAUGUUAUGGUGACAAUGUGUAGGUCAGUUCUCCAUAAUCAUCAGUGAAAUUCCUAAAUUUAAAUAAGUGCAAACUUGAAACUUGUCCCACAUCGAGAAGCCUCCUCUAGAAUCAAAUAACUGAUAUAUGCAAACUUGUAUAUACAAAUACCCGACCACUUUCCUUACAGAGGCUAAGGUGGAGUGGUGUUACUCCUAUGACUUCUGAUGUAAGAAAAUAGUUCAGCUGGACUGUACUGGGAAAAAUAUGUCCAUCCACUUUUAUUCCCCUCACCCUUCUGUUUUUAAAUAAAUACAAAUAAAUUAUUUAAAUUUGUAUUUAAAUACAAAUAAAUUCCUUCUUGUGCCGGAAUUAGCUCAAUUUUGCAUAUUCCUUAUCUGAUCUUAAAUAAUAUACUAAUAGUUAUUUUUGUGGUAGAAUCUUCUUGUUGCUAGAGGCACGUAAAAUAAUUGUAUACAUAAUUUGAAUGUUUGUUUACAAAACACAGCAUCCUCAUCUCCAUUGCUACUCCAGACAUAUGAUUUUUGCUCCACAAUUCUGAGAAAUGAGGUGUUUCAUAACAGUUUUAGGGAAAGCCGCCUGCAGCUUCCCAGUCAAAGUCCCUUCCUGCAGCCUCUCAAUCAAAUUCUCCUUCCGCACAAGUUUGGCAAAUGGUUGCAGUCACAUGUCUUUUUCUUGGGCCAAACAUCUUCUUUUGGGAGCCCCUCUUGAUCCCCUUUAGCCUGGGCUCCUAGCUCUUCAUCUGUUGGACUGGUCGAAAGACAAAUGACUGCACCUCUAGGUCAUUGCUGCUCUUUCAAAGCCUUGGAUGUAGAAUGGUUGGAACUGCGCAGUUUUCUCUUUUUCUCUCUCUCCCACUCUGGUUGCCAACUUGGCCCCUCUGAGCAAUUCAUCCCUUGCUAUUUUCUAUCAUUGUGCUUAUGAGAGAAGCCCAAAGAGAGUGUGGCUGCGAGUCCAUCUGUUGGCACUACUUAUGAGUAAACUGCUCUGGAAUAUGGGAAACUGGCCAGUGAUGAGCAGACAGUUCCCUGGUGAAGCAGUUGCUCUUCCCUGCCCCCCAUUCUUGUUGAAAUGGCUGGAACACUUUUAUCAACAACCAUGAAAGACUCCCCAUUUUGAUGGUUUUGAGGGCAUCAAGUGCUUCUCCUCCCUCCUCUCACUCACACGUACGUGUGUGUGUGUGCGCGCACGCGCACAUGCAUGCCCUUUCUUGUUAAUAACUACUUUACAAGGGAGUCAGUAUCAAAUGCACCUUAUAUACAGGCUAAGCUAUGCAUUUUUUCACAGCAACAGGGUUAGCUUUCAUCCCAACACAGGAUUUAAGCCCAAGGUAAAUCCUCUGUUCUACUUUUCAUAAGAAUUGCCCUCAUUCUGCUCCAGCUCUGCUGAAAUCCGGUUUGGCAUGCUACUGAUGUGCAGGUAGCUCAUCUUCAUUUCCAGAAUUUACUUCAGAAUUGACUAGGCUUUAAUUUUGGGAGGGCUGAUCAUGAAUAAAGCUUGCACUGCAUCCAUUUCUAAGUUAAGAAAGAGUCUCCUGUGCCAUCAUUUCUUGUUCUUCAAAAGGCAUCCUGGGCAUUGCAGGCUACACUAACCUGAGAGGAACACUCUUUCUUCUCUGUGAGAUGUUAAUAAAUUCUAAUGGAUUGAUUGAAAUUUUUUAUGGCAAACAGACUUGUAUAUUACAAAAUUGAUGUCCUAUCUUUCGCAGAUUCUGCCUUUGAACACACAGUGUUUCAAGCCCUUUUCCUUCUGAGUUUUCCCUUCCUGAGGAUAACUAUUCUCUUACAGUCUAAUCCUCCCUUAACUAUUGGGCUGUAUUGCUCUGGUACAUCCCAAAUGUUGGGAAUAGCAGCAGUAUUCCCUCUAACAGGGAUUCCCAGAUGUUGUUGACUACAACUCCCAUAAUCCCCAAGCAAAAGCCAUUGCAGCUGGGGAUUCUGGGAGUUGUAGUCAAUAACAUCUGGGAAUCCUUGUUAGAGGGACCACUGGAUGGCAGCAGAGAUAACUUGGAGAAUGGCCAACUGAGUCCUUACCUGUGAGCUCUCCCCCCUUGGUUUUUCUCUGCUGCCACUCUAACCCACUCUUUUGAAACAAAGAAUCCUAAAAAAAACCCCAGCAUCCUGCUAUUGGACUUCUUGUUACUGAUAAUCUCCUGAAUCUUCUUAGGAAAUCUCAGCUCUCCAAUUUGGUGAUUACCAGGGAUCUAAGGAAGUAUGCGGUCAUUUGAAGAGAUUUGGAGAGCUUUCCUCCUGUAUGAGAAGGGCUUCUUGGCCUUUUAUUUUUUGCAAAGUUGUUUUAGGUUGCAGUACUUCCUUCUUUGGAAGUCUUCAACUGGGAGGCUGCAGGAAGGAGCAAACAAAGUAGAGCAUUCCUUGAAGCCAAAUCUUCCUCCUUUCUCUGAGCUGGAGAGUAAAGCUAUAUGUUUGGAGUGACAGUAGAGGGUAACCCAAGGAGGACAACUUACAGGUAAUAACCCAGCCAGCUGUUUCUUCCCUUCUCAUAGUAGUAGUUAACAAAAGUGUUUUAAUUGAGUUAUGUGCCCUUCACUAUAACUGUACAGUAAAACACUUGUAGGGCUAUGAAUGGGUGCUCACAGCAACAUUGAGUGGCCUGAGCUUUUCCAUUUUCAUGAGACCCUUGAGGACUUGGUAGGAAGGAGGUGGCCACAGCUGCUUUAAUGCCUGAAUAAUAAAACCAUAUGAUGUGGAUAGCAAAGUAUAUUUGAAAUGAAUUCCUCUAUAUUAUCCACCAGUAUUUACAGAGAUAUCUUUUGGUCUUAAAGAAAGACAACUCCUUUGCAAAACCAAAAUACUAGCCUCAAUAGGCCAAACAGUGGUGUUAAACUCCAAAGGACUAGUGUAGUAUUCCCAGCAAAAACAACAGUAGCUGAUCUUAUACAGUAGUUCUGAACACUACCUCAGUUAGAACAGAGUAAUAAGGUCUAUAGAUUGAUAACUCUAGGUGGAGUUAAUUCAGUAACUCUGUAUUUUUCUUUUCUUUUUUUCAAGAUAGGAGAUGAGUGUGUGUGUGUACACACACACAUAUACAUAUGUACACACACAAUAUGCUCAAGAUGGUUAGGCUAUAUGACAACAGCUAUUGGGGAGAUUCAAAAUUAGAAGUGGAGAAUUUUUUUAAAAAGUCAGAUAGCUAUGUGUGUGUAUAUCCAAAACAUGUCCCGUCCCCCGCAUCCCCACAACUGAGAAUUCUGGUUUCCAUCCUGUACAUGCCUCCAGAAGUAUUAAACUACCUGUUUGGGCAGCAGCAUCAACAAGAUGGAAUGUUAUGAGUCAUUUCUGAAAAUUGCAAAGUUGACAUCAAAUGAAUUUUUAAAGUACACGUAAAAGGCACAACAGAUUUCCAAAUGUGCAAAGCAGCGGUGGCCAACUUUGGCUCUCCAGUUGGUCUUGGAUUAUAGCAGCUGAAGAGCCGAGGUUGCCUAACCCGUGAUGUGGAGGAUAUAAUGUCCUUAACAUUUCACAUACUGCAUUUUAAGCAUAGGUUAAGGGAUUAGAUGUCUUCUGCAUGUGGAGUAUGGGAGUUCAGAGAUAGUGCUUGAAUGCAUCCAGCCCCUGCAGAAAUCCCUGUGUGAAUGUUCUCCCUACUUUCAUAGUGAAGUACAUUAAUUGAAUCUUAAUCGUUCAGAAUCUAUGCUCACAGCCUGUUGCUAUUUCUUGGGGGACCUGUUGGAAAGUUACGACCUCAACCCUGAAGGAUUCUCUCUGGAGGGAGAUCAAGAAUCAACCACAGACUUCCACACUCCUUACUCGAGUCUCUUUCCUACUCACUUCACUGCAAGGAGAGUUGAACAGAGUUCGCUGGAACAUGGAGAUCUUCCUUAGCACUUAGAGAUUAAACCCUAUUUAAAGAAGCCUAUUUAACAGUUUGGUUUGGGGUGGGGGGAGGUGGGUGGUAGUGGAAUAGUAUCCCAACAGGCUGCAGAUGACAAAAAUUGACAGCCUUGCCGGCUUAUAUUCAGUGCAUUCCAAAUAUCAUGGUAGGAGUUCUGUUUCUUAUAAAAGAUAACUUAGGGAUAGAGUAGAUAUAGUGCUGUAGCAAACCUGUUAGAACAAGGUACCUUAAAUUCAACAUUUCCAUCAAUUUUCAAAAAUUCCAUUCAUAUAGCAAUUGCCAGUUUUAAGACAGGCUUGGAAAAACCUCUUCCUCUUACUAAUCUCAGGAGGUUUGGUAAUCAGAUGAGGCUGUUCUCACAACCAUCUUAACCCUAUCUGGGCUGCCACAAGUAGGGUUAGACUGGUCGUGAGAAGCGGCAGGAUCCUCGCAGAUCCCUCCGCUCCCUGCCCGCCCAACCCCCUUAACAAACCCGGCUUUUAGCCAAGGUUAAGGGUACUCUUACACCCUUACCCUAGCUACUGGAUAUCAUGUGAUUCUGCAGGCUGCACACAGCCUGAGGUGUCACUGAGAUGGGUGCAUAGAGUGCGUGUCGCGUGGGGGAAUCCUUAACGCAGCAUGCGUGCCGUGUGUUGUGUUGAGGGAUGCCUGGAGGCCAGAACAAGUUCCUGCCCCGGAUCCCUCCCCCCUGCUGUUGUCCGUGUGGGCGCGCAGGAGGUGUGCAGACAAUGGAUGAUUGGUCACCUGGGGGAAAGGUAGGAUAAGUCCAGCCUUCCCCCCUGCGCCCUCCCAGAACGGUUGUUUGGCUCACCCCAGUGAAUUUUCAAUCCCUAGGAACAUAUAAUUCAUGAGAUUUAACUGUGGGCUAGCCCUGUAACCCUAAAAAGAAAGAAAAAUGCUCCUGUUAAUGCUUAAAUAGGCACCAUCCGUUCUCAUUUUGAAUUUUCAGUAUGCUAGAAAAUGGCAAUUGUGUUUCAACAUUUUGUUUUUUUAUUAAGAGGUGGUGCGAGCUUCAUUGAAGUUAGGCUGACACAUUUUAAGAAAUUGCUGUCCUAGACACAUUCUAUAAAAUGCAUGGAAAUUAUCCUCUGCUUGUGUUUCGAGCAGCACUCAGAUUUUACAAAGUUGAUGUCCACGUGUGAAGUGAAUGUAAGUUUAAUGUAAAGAGAGGGCAUGAUCCAACCAAAGUUACACACUUUAAAGUCUGUAAGCAUGUACUUAAUAUGUAUUUAAGUGUGUACUUUAAGUGCUUGCUUUUAGCUAGAUCUUGCCUCAAAAGGGGUGUGUGUGUGUGUGUGUACGCACGCGUACGCGCGCACACACACACACAUACACACAUAUACACAUAUCAUUGUGGGUAAAGAAACUAUGUUCUUUUGAGACUGCCCCCUGCAAUAACCCCUGUUAUCCCUAACCUUUUGGCUUGCCCUCCUGUACAGAAAAUCGUGACAUUGUGGAGGGGUAUGUAUUUUGCAACUUUUCCCCGUUACUGUACUCUACAAUUAUGUGCUGGCUAGACAGAGGUAAGCUAGUGAUGAUGGGAACAUGGCUGAAUCCCCACCCCACCUACCCCACUUUAGAAAUUCUCCAUUUCUAGAAAAGGAAAUAACCCUGUCUUGAUCUUAGGAUUUUAUUUAGGAAGAUCUUCUUUAAAACUCCAGAUUUGCUACAUAUUUUUGUUAACCUUAUUUUUUAUUUCAGAAAAUGAUGUGGAUUUUUCUUUGGACUAUUUUUGUAAAAAUAGGUGGCUAGCAAUGCCACAGCAUGCAGAUGUUGCACUUUUUUUUUUGCUUGACGUGCUUGUAAAAUAGACACUAUUUAAUUUGAAAAAGUAAUUUAUGCCAAAAAAAAAAAAAGGUAACUUGCCAUUUUUGCCACUGCUUAGGUUAGAUUAGCACAAAAUGCAAGAAUUUUGAGGGGUGGGGGAGAGAUGGCAUUUUGUACAUGUAAUAUUGGGAUGGGGGGGAGGGUUCUUCAAAUAGUUGCUGCCAAUAACCCAAACAAUGCUUGUUCUUAGAGAUGAUGUAAAUUAUUCUGAGGAGGGGAAGAGAUUAUGAAAAACCAAGAGUCAUUUUCCCUAUCCCAUGUGGUUGUAUUUUCCUUGUUUCUUUCUUUUUUAGUUGACAAGCUGCUACAUAUUUUGAAGUUCUAUUGUUUAUAGGUCACUGAAUGGACAUUGAAAUCUGAUUUAUAUUGUAUACCUGUAACAUAGCAAGAAAAAAAAGUAUUUAUAUAUUUUCUGUAUGAAUAUUUCAUUGAGCUGUGUAUAAUUUUAAAGAGGCUUUGUCCCAGAAUGCUUAUGCCCAUCUUGAUUCUUCUGGGGUUUUUUUCCUUUUGAUUUGCAUUUGGUUUUUUGUAUAGUGUGUAUAGUUCAUGUCUACAAACAUUAAAAGUCUCCUGAAGCAUUAUCUUAUCAAAGGGAUGCAUUGUUAAUAAAAUGGACUUCAAACUUCA